AUGGCAAAGAUUGUGUUUGAAGAAGACGCAGAAAUCGUGAUUCCAGAAUCAACAAAAGAAACAGAACACAAUGCUCUUUUAGACAGUGAUUCUUCAGACGAUGAAGCUCCUGAGGCUGUUUCAACUUCUAAAGCGAAAGAAGAUGUAAUUAGUAGAGUGCAAGCUGAAAAAGAAGCAACCACUAAACUUGCAGCAGCUGAAAAAGAGAAACGUCGUUUAAGAGAUCAGUUUUUGAAAGAACAAAAGCAAGGCAGUAAAAGGCAACAGAAAGAAUUAGAAAAGAAAGCCAAGAGAGAAAAAUUAGAGAAAGAAUAUAACGAGAAAAUGGAGAAACGAAAAAGACGAAGAGAAGAAGAAGAAGAAGAAGAAGGAAAUGACGUUGAUGAAGCAAAAGAUGAUGUUAAAGAUGCAGAAUCCAACUUUCUACCACAGGAAUUAUUAAACCAAGCUCUGGAAGAAGAAAAAGCUGAACAAAUUCAAAAUAAAAAGCACAUCUCAGCCGAGGAUUUCGAAAGAAUAAUAGCUGCAGAGGAAGAAAAGGAGAAAGAACGAGCAAAGAAGAGAAAAGCUGAGGAGAAAGGCAAAGUUGUAGGCGAAUAUACCGUUAAAGUCUUGAAUAAUAGACCCAAAUUACAGAAAGCUAGUAAACGUAUGAUAAAUAUGAGAGAUAUGCAUUUGCACAGAUCUGCAGUGCCUAGAAAGGAAGCCGUUGUAAAUAUUAGUAGCGGUAGAGAUGGUGCUGCCUGUCUCAAAGCACUUGUUUGUAUCUGUACCUCAUCCUCGGAAAAUCUCGUGCUUCAGCCGUUUUUCCCAAACUACGGAGACUCCGCCAAGUAUCGCUAUAUGCUUUUCUGCGACGUCCUACUUCCUAAAUGCCAGCAGUGA